CAAAUUUGAGCUCAAGGUAUAUUCGCAUGACUCGGAAAGGUACUGCAAAGCUAGAUGAGCUUCGCAAGAUCGAGGGUCAGGUGCAGACUUUUUGGGAGUCGAAUAAAAUAUUCGAAGCAGACGUUCCUUUGAAAAACAGUGAAACAAUUGAAAAGUACUUCGUCACUUUCCCUUACCCCUAUAUGAAUGGGAGACUACAUUUGGGUCACACAUUUUCUUUAUCGAAAUGCGAGGUAAGCGGAACUAUCUUGUGAUUGCGCGAAGUUUUCCAUAGGAUACGAACGACUGAAGGGCAAGUUGGCUCUAUGGCCGUUCGGUCUUCAUUGCACCGGUACGCCUAUCCUAGCAUCUGCAGACAAAUUGUCACGAGAAUGCAAGGAGUUUGGUUGUCCACCUGUCUUCCCACACGAGGCUUCGGAGCUUUCUGCCAGUAUGGAGACAGUGACUCCUGCCCAAGGUAAAAGCAAAAAAAGUAAAGCUAUUGCGAAGACUAGUGGCGCAAAGUUUCAGUGGCAAAUAAUGGAAAGCCUUGGAAUGGAUAACAAUGAAAUCGCUAAAUUUAAAGACCCUGAAUACUGGUUGAAAUUUUUCCCUGCUUUAGCUGUUGAUGACCUGCGUAAACUAGGUGUCAAGGUUGAUUGGAGGAGAUCCUUUAUUACAACAGAUGCUAAUCCCUACUAUGAUUCAUUUGUUCGUUGGCAGUUCCUGACUCUUAAGAAGCAAGGAAAAAUUCAGUAUGGUAAACGAUACACCAUAUUCUCUUCUCGAGAUAAUCAGCCAUGUAUGGAUCAUGAGCGAACUGUUGGAGAGGGUGUCGUUCCACAAGAAUAUACGUUGAUUAAGUUGAAAGUCAUAUCCGAAUUUCCUUCGAAAUUCAGUUGCGUAAACCAAUUAAAAGAACCCAUAUUCCUUGUUGCGGCAACUCUACGUCCUGAAACGAUGUUUGGCCAAACUAAUUGUUGGGUACAUCCAGAUAUAGAUUAUGUCGGAGUGAAAAGCACACAACAAUCUUGUAUACUAAUUUGUACUCAACGCGCUGCUCAAAAUAUGGCGUAUCAGGGUAUUUUAGAUCCUUCACACCCUGGGCACAUCGAUAUAGUCGCAAAUUUCAAAGGUGCUGAUCUUCUCGGAUUAAAAGUCAAGGCUCCGUUAUCCUCUUAUGAAUCUGGAGUUUUCGUUUUACCUAUGAUGUCGAUUCGAUCUUCUAAGGGUACCGGAAUUGUGACUAGUGUUCCUAGCGAUUCUCCAGAUGACUGGGUCGCUUUGCAAGACUUAAUUAAAAAGCCUGCAUUCCGGACGAAAUACAAUCUUCUUGAUUCGAUGGUCAUACCAUUCGAACCGGUUCGUAAUUUAUACGGAAAUAAUAACAGUUAUAAUAUGAUUUCAAUUUUCAGAUACCCAUAAUUGAGACACCGGGUUUAGGUAGUUUACCAGCUGUCACAAUAGUAGAUCAGUUAAAGAUUCAAAGUCAAAAUGAUCGAGAUAAAUUACAAGAGGCCAAAGAAAAAGUUUAUCGUGUUGGUUUUUACGAUGGGGUAGGCUAUUCUUAUUCAAAUAUACAUAUUCUUGUUCCUUGAAUAUGAUAACAUAUUAGAUUAUGUUGGUUGAAAAAUAUAAAGGUUUAAAGGUGAAUUCAGUGAAAAAACUUAUUCAAGACCAAUUAGUUGAAACGAAUGAAGCUGUAAUUUAUUACGAGCCGGAAAAUCUAGUCGUUACACGUGGUGGUGAUGAAGCAGUGGUUGCUUUGUGUGAUCAAUGGUAUCUAGAUUACGGCUCAGAGGAAUGGAAAACAGAAGUCCGUAAAGCAGUAGCUAACAUGUCAGCAACCGAUGAGGUUAGACGCGGUCUUUAUUCAACCGUUGACUGGUUACAUGAACAUGCUUGCUCUCGUACAUAUGGUUUGGGUACUCGUUUACCAUGGGAUGAUAAAUGGCUUAUUGAAUCUUUAUCUGACUCUACAAUAUAUAUGGCAUAUUAUACAAUAGCUCAUUUGUUACAGGGCGGGUCAUUAGAUGGUAGAAAACCUGGUCCUCUUAAAAUUUGGCCAGAACACAUGACACCAGAAGUGUGGGAUUACAUAUUUUUAGGAAUAGGAAAUCCAGAGGAUUUAGUCGAAACGAAAAGUCAUUCCUCUCUAAGUGUACCAAUUUUGAAGAGACUUCGUCAAGAAUUUCUUUUCUGGUAUCCAGUUGAUCUAAGAGUUAGCGGAAAGGAUCUUAUCUCCAAUCAUUUAACCUACUACUUAUACAAUCACAUUGCUAUAUGGCCAAAUGAACCAAAUUUGUGGCCUCGAAGUAUACGUGCCAAUGGCCAUUUGUUAUUGAACUCUAAUAAGAUGUCAAAAUCAACUGGUAAUUUUCUCACUUUAGCAGAUGCUGUGGAAAAGUACUCAGCUGAUGGUGUUCGUCUUGCUUUGGCUGAUGCUGGUGAUUCGUUAGACGAUGCUAAUGUAAAAGAAGAGAUGGCUGAAGCUGGACUUUUACGUUUAUAUGGCCUUUUGGAUUGGUUUAAUAUGACAUUGGAGAUUUUAAAUGAUUCAAGUUUACAACAAAAAUCUGAUUAUCGAACAGGUGCUUAUACAAUGCAUGCAGAUUUUGUUUUUGAAAAUGAAAUGAAUAAUACGAUUGAAUUGGCCGAUAAAGCAUACGCUUCACAUGAAUACAGAGAAGUACUUAAAAUUGUAUUUUAUGAACUUCAGGCACAUCGUGACCGUUAUCGUGAAGUUUGUCAAGGCAGUGUACAUACUAAUCUAAUUCGACGUUAUAUGAAUAUUCAAUUACUACUACUUAGUCCAAUUUGUUCACAUGUUUGUGAACACAUAUGGAUUAAUUUGUUAAACAACAAGACAUCAAUCUUUUGUGAAAAGUGGCCCGAGCUUAGUUGUCCAGUAGAUCGAAUACUUUUGUUACAAGGUCGUUACAUAGAUGAUACAGCUCACACUUUUAGAUUACAACUUAAACAAUACAAAUCAUCAAAGUCUUUCAAAAGUAGUAAAUCUGUUGGAUCCCAUUCUGUUACUCAGUUUAUUCCACCUUCGGAUGCUGUUGUUUGGGUUGCUAAAGCUUAUCCAGCAUGGCAGGCACAAAUUCUUGAAAUUAUGGCAGCUAAUCUUUCUGACGAUGGUAAAACGUUAGCAGAUAAUGCAACGUUAGCUCAACUUUUACGUCCUCAUCUAAAGGCUAUGGGUAAAAUGGCAAAACGUGCUAUGCCAUUUGUACAGUUAGUCCGGGAACGGUUUGUAAUUCACGGUAAACGAGUUCUUCAACUUCAGUUGGAGGUAGAUGAAUGCGAAGUAAUUAAAAAGAAUUUAUCCUAUCUUAUAUCAACUUUAGGUUUACGACAACCUGAUGGUUUAAAAAUCAACUACUCAUGUGAUUCUAAUGAUAGUCGCAUUGAAGAAAGUGUUUGUCCUUUAGAGCCUCUUAUUUUGUUUUGUGAACCAUCUACCUCAGCAUCCAUGACAUUUUUAAAUCCGGAUAUUGGUUCAGGUCUCUUUACACUUAAUGGUGUUACUAUUUUUGACGGCGACACAUAUACCGAUGUGGUCUCACGUGUAGUCACUCACUGUCGUUCACUUGCGUUAAACAGUAAAGACUUAAAAAACAUAACAUUGUACCGUUUUGCCGAUCCUACAUGCGGACAUUUACGCGUUCCUCCUUACCCUAUGGAAGCUCUACAAAUUGUCCAGCCAACAGCUCGUUUUGUAGUCGAUGCAUCAUCCAUCAUAACUCUGAAGAUUGGUAGUGAUUUUAUUCCUAUUGGCAAAAAGCUUGUGUACACAACUACCGUGUCGUCAUGAUCAUCUACUAGAAUAAAGCUUUUUAUUUUUGGGUUGCUUUUUAUACAGUGUGUUUAGUUCAUUCAGGGAUUAAAAAUAUCUAUCACCGAUUCGUGUUCAUUAUGAUUUUUGUAUUGACUUUAUAUACCGUCCUGUACAAUAAUCAAAAUAAGUGAGCAGGUUUGUAAAUUCAUUCAUUGCAGUUUGUGGAUCUACUGACUGAAUUCACAGGACUACUCAAGAUUCCAAAUUACGAAAGGUGAACAAUUUCCAGCAUAUUCUUAAUGGUAGUCGAUUCUAGGUAUGUACCUGAUCAAACCUUUCAAUAGGAGUCUUGUCAAUUCCUUGUGAAUUAAUCCAAACUUUAGAAUAAGAAAUUGAAGACGUGGUUGUCUUGUAAAGUUGAGA